ACAUCAGUGUGUGGCCUGGCCCCACUAAACACCAGGGCAGUGGGGGUCCAGGACGCCCCUGCCGGGGCCUGGCCUUGGCAAGUCACCGUGCAGACGACUUCACUAUUUGGCGGCCAUUUCUGUGGUGGCACCUUAAUCAACAAAGACUGGGUGCUGUCAGCGAGUCGCUGCUUUCGAUUCUAUACAGCUUCAGAUAUCAUCGUCUACCUGGGUCGUCGAAAUCAGCAGGAAUCCGACCCAAAUGAGGUGUCAAGAGGUGUGUCUCAGAUCAUCAUUCACCCUGACUUUAACUCUGCCACCAGUGAGAAUGACAUUGCUCUGCUGCGUCUCUCCUCCUCUGUAAAUUUCACUGACUACAUCAAACCAGUUUGUCUGGCUGCAGAAAACAGCACCUUCUACAAUGGCACUGACAGCUGGGUCACGGGUUGGAUAUUAAUUGAAGAACUUGGUAAGAUCAUGUGA